AGCGACCUUAAUGCCUUGAACACCAAAGUUACAUUACACUGACAAGGAACAGAAGAAAAAUGUGCCCUGAGGUUAAUAGGAACAGGAUAUACAACCCAUUGACAUUAACAUCACCUUUAUGUCUAAGCAGUAAGGUGUAUUUUUGCACGUCGAACGUUAGACUUUUCAAUAUUUAUCAAACUCCAAUUUAAACAAAUGAUAGAUUCUUUAGUUUGAAUGAAAGACAUAGACAUAACAUAAGGACGUGUUUUUUAAAUAUCUAGCUGUAUAAAAAAUAUUUAAAUAUGCCUACAGUUCUAGUUAGUACCUUUCGGCCCUAAGCUAAACACGACUGUCUUCAACAUAGCUAUUUAAACAUCCGAAAGUCAAUAUUUAAUAGACAUAGAAUCAUUGCUCUAUGUUAUGCGUUAAUAUGCGGCUUCAAUUGUCUAGGUAAACUUGUUUAGACUCACCGAAAUGUAUUUUUAAGAUAUAUUUUGAAUAGUAAUUAUAUACUAUUCAAAAUAUAUUUUCUGUCUGGAACGCGCCUAAAUAACAUUACAAUAGUAUAACCUCCCCGUAAAAAUAUUAGUUUCAUAACACUUUAAUAGUUCAUUCAAUAUAAAAGUGCAUUACAAUCGUUUAACUUUAUCCAGUGCUAACUGUGUCGCAUGUUACAUUCACAAAGAAAGUAAAUAAACAGUAAUAAACAAUAACUAUAAAAAGUGCAUGUUGCGGUGAAUAAUAACGCGUGUGUAUGGGACUCUCACGGUUAAGUGUGACGCAUAACGACCAAAUUGGCGUGCGCAGUGUCAGCGGUGCAUCCAGCAGUGCUACCAACCUACAUUGCACCGAAACGCACGGCGUUGCGUUCCAUGCUUGAAUACACCUCUAUUUUAAGCAUCAUAAAAGUGCGUUCAGAAAGUGCAUUCAGUGAUUACACUUUUUGACUACACCUGACUAACCAUGGAUUUUAAAUGCUGUCGUCUACGUACCAAGAAUGUUAAUAAAGAAUUGAUAUGUAGCCAAUGUUGUGAUAAUUAUCAUAUAAAAUGUAUUUUCCCAAAUAAAGAUGAGGUACCUAACCGACGCUCAAUGUCAUCGUGGCUUUGUUCUGGAUGUUCCGAGCAAACUGAUAUUGCAAUGCCACAAGUCUCCCCAUCGCAACAAAAUGUUACCAUAAAAAAAAACACAGCAAAUAGUAAGGAGGAUAUUAUUUCAAUAUCAAAGGAAGAACUACGAAGUAUUGUCAAAGAGGAGAUUAAUGCAGCUUUUUCCAACAUUAACUGUACCCUAUUGGAACUGAAGUCUGAAGUCACUGAUCUACAAAAUAAUGUUAAGUUUUUAAGCGCGAAAUAUGAUACAGUCAUGGAAAAAAUAAACUGUCUAGAUAAUAAAGCGAAAAAAAUAAAUACUCUAGAAUUAGAGGUAAGUGAUCUGAGAGGCCAAUUAAAGUCUAUUGAGGGUAAUAUUGAAAAGCAAGAACAGUGGGGUAGACGCUCUAAUAUUGAAAUUAUAGGCCUACCUGAGAAGAAUGGAGAAAAUUUGAUGAACGCCCUGUCCAAGCUCGCUACCUAUGCUAAAUGCCCCUUUAACCCGCAGACUGAUAUUGAUUUUGUUACUAGAGUAGCACACUUGAAUAAGGACCUUAAGAAGCCUAAGCCAGUAAUAGUACGGUUCUUAGCCCGAUACAAAAAGGACGAAUUUUUAUCCCGUUUGAGAGAGUUUAAAGAUAUAAAAGCGAGCGACAUUGGUUACUCCGAGAACACCUCCCGUAUUUAUUUUAAUGAACACUUAACAAGUUGCAAAAAAAUGUUAUUGAACAAGGUAAAAAAGCUAGCUGUAGAAAAGCAGUAUAAAUAUGUGUGGGUCAAGAAUUUCUCAAUAUUGGCACGAAAAACUGACUCAAGCACUGCUAUUCAUAUUUCAUCUGAGGAUGAUCUAAAAAAGUUGGUUUAAGAAGAGUUAAUAGUAUUCAUUUGAUCCUUUUAGUUAUUUCUUUAUAUUUUAUGUCAUUUUUUAAAAGUAUUUUUCUUAGGCAGAAUCAGACAUUAGUGAAUUUGUUUAGUUAUAUAAUAUCAAUAUGUGUCGUAAUAAGAGAGGUAGUGUGGUUAUAUAUUAUGCGGUUCGAAAACUAUUGUACUAGUUCUAUAAUUGCUUGCACGUGGGAGUUACUUGGGUAUCCUAUAACAGUAUGUUAUGUAAAUGUUAUAUUUAAUUGUUACAAAAAUUAUUUCAAAAAUGCUCUCUGAUAUAAGCAUAUAUUAUCAAAACGUUCGUGGGCUGCGAACUAAGACAAGCUUAUUCUUUAGUAAUUUACUACUCUGUGCUUAUGACAUAAUUUGUUUAAGUGAGACGUGGCUGUUACCAGGGAUUUUUAAUUCUGAAUUAUUUGAUGAUAGGUACAGUGUAUACAGAUGUGAUAGAGAUUAUACCUCCAGAUCAGAUAAGAUGGGUGGAGGUGUAAUUAUUGCUAUUAAAAAAGGUUUAACGAUUAGUGAUGUCAAUAUUAGCCCAUCAAAUGAUUUAGUAUCGGCUGAUAUUUUGUCAUUAAAUAUUCUUACAAAGGAACGUUCUCAAAACUCAAAACUAAGGUUGUAUUGUUGUUACUUCCCCCAGAAUUGUCUCCAGCUUAACGACGAGGAGACAUUUUAUGCUCAAAUUUCUCAAUCUGUUGUCAAUAAUCCAAAUGAUCGGUUUGCAAUAGUUGGAGAUUUUAAUAUAAGAAAUGCAGACUGGAUAAAAAUAUCACCAAAUGAAACUAUCUUAAAUUCAACAAGGGAUCCUUUAGCUCUAGCACUGUCAAACUUUUUGUCAUUUAACAACUUUACACAGUUUAAUUUAAUCGGGAACGUUAAUUACAGGAUGCUUGAUUUGGUCAUUAGUAAUUGUAACUGCAAUGUUGUGAAAUGUAUAUCUCCAUUAGUUAGCGAAGAUCCUCAUCACCCAGCUCUGAAUAUUAGUAUACCAAAUAUUCAUUUCAAAAAUUUGCGUACCCAGCAUGCGGUGAUACGUUUGUUUGGCAGUGCAGACUAUGACUUAAUUAAUAAUCAUCUUAGCCGCAUUGAUUGGGAUACUGUUAUAGGAGAAAAUGAUAUUGAUGAAUCUUUGUCAAAAUUUUACAAUGUUCUCGAUGAAGUAAUAAGUGUUCACGUCCCUACUAAAACAAACCUAAACAAUAAUAAAUAUCCGCUAUGGUACUCUUCCGCGUUAGUAAAAAUUAUAAAAGAAAAAUUGAAAUUCCAUAAGAAAUGGAAACGUUAUGGUCGUUAUGGAGACUAUCUAACUUUUGUGCUCUUAAGAGAUAGGCAAAAGAGAGUUGCUAAGGAGUGUUACAAUCAUUAUAUAAGUAAAAUCGAAAACAAUAUUGCUAAGAACAGUAAACAUUUCUGGGCCUAUGUCCAUUCUAAAAAAAAAUCAAAUAGUCUCCCAGAUAGUCUACACCUAGACGAUGUGUCUUCCUCUGAUGGUGAGACUAUUGCUGGUCUUUUCAACACCUACUUUGGCUCCGCUUUUGAGAAAGACUUAGGAAAUCCGCUGAUCUCAUCAUGUGGCACUGCUAGUCACACAUCAUUGAACUUAAAUAAAA